AAUCGAAUGGCCUUUGUAUUUUAACAAACGUUUUAUUGUGCAUUGUCUGAAAGACAUCGUUUUCUAUUCCCUAUAACAACAGUAAUAGGUAGUAGAUUUUGUAAAAGAUAGGAUCAUAAUACGACGCUAUCUCUUACAAGAGCUUAGACAUGCUUCCAAGGUUACGUCACAAAAUUUGAUGAAACUAUUUUGGCAAGAUUCGUAUCGUUGAAACUAAAGUUUGCUGCUACCCUAAUUUAACUUUAAUCAAUCUAGGAAAUGUAAACUAAACAUUCUAUACACGAGCACGGCAUAGUUAAAACUUUUUCGACUUAGCAAUAAGUCGGUAAUCUUCAAUCUAUGUAGGCACAUAAUGGGCGAAGAAUAAAAGCGAAACUUUUACAAGCAUCGCAGUGACUCAUUACCAUACCAUUAUGUGAAUUCCUCGAAAUUAUGUAUUGAAUUUGGAAGUAAUCCCUUUGUUUUAUUUCUAUAAACGAAAGAAUAUUUGAGUAAUCCGUCCGUAAUGAGAACGUAAAUCUUUGGACGCUUUUGUAUUCGUAAAUUUUGGUGUUCAUUCAUUUUCUGUAAAAAGUACGUGAGUUUGUAGAGGUGAGCUACAAGAUUCUAAAUUGCCUAAAAAAGGAAAUAAUUGAAAUAGUAGCAUUGUGGUAAAAGCGAGCCCUCACAAUUUUUGCCCACUAACUAAAAUACUUUCAGACAAAUUUAAAACAAAGCCCAUGACUUAGUUGAACAGCAUAUUUCACUAAUAACCUAUCUUCUUGAUAAGUACAAGCUGUUUACAACUCAAAUCAUCAACUUAACAUAAACAAGACUUCCUAAUUUUCGGGGAAGUACGAAAGCAUGCAUAUUCAUGAAACAUUAAGCAUGAACGUUAGAAGCGAGGAGUCUUGAUGAAUGACAAGAGACUAUAAGAUCGGCCGUCUAGUAUGGAAUCGAUCCGCACCAGGCCGUGCCAUGCCUCGGCCAAUCACCCCACAACCCUUACUUGACACGUAGUUCAUGCGUUGUACACUCAAGUGAACAUUCAGUAAUUGAAACACGAUACUGAAUUGAUAUCGUUAUUCAAUUAGUAUUAAAUUUGCGUUGCAAGGUUCCUCGUUCACCACAUACAUACGCAUCUAGAAAAAAAGGCCUUUUUGAAUUGUUUUAUGUGAGGCCCUGAAAUUAUUUGAGAUUACGGUUUUAUUGUUUCAAUAUUUUACGAAAUAUUCAAGUAUUAUAGAACACUUAAGUACCACUUAGUAAACUUUCUUACGAUUACUACACAAAGUCUUAUUCAAAUUGACAAAUGAUUGUGGGAAUGUAAUACAUCCAGCUAGUACAGACUACGUAAUAUCCAAGCUCGUGGUAGCGUCAGCCACGCAGAAAUCGAACUCCAAAAAGUUUUAUAGCGUCCCAUCAUACCAUAAAAUAGUUAUAGUAUUUUAUGAUCUGAUCCAAACUGUGACACGACAGAUUCCAAGAAUUACUUAUAAUGAGUUUAAUGUCCUUGUCCUCGGUACCAUAUUUUAUAUCACGUAUCUGUAAUUCAAAUGAAAUCUUGGCGAAUGGAGUUUAUAAAGUGAGUUCAUGACUGUUAUUACUUUUAUGCUGAUUUAAGCGAUCGUUAUCUUUUUAUUUUACAAAUUGCUGAGGUAUUUGGGGUUUGAAAUAACUUAAUAAAUUAUAAUUUGAUUUCUGAUAUCGUCAACCCUAUUGAAGUCAAUAAAGUAGUAGACAAUAAUGUUCUAGCAACUGUUAACGAAAAUCUUAUUUAUUUAUUCAACAAUUUAUGUACACAUACAAUAAUGGUCGUAAAAUACUCCACUAUACUCUUUCCGAAUAAAAGAUAAGUUAAUUUACGCAAUUCAAACGAUUAGAAGCGAAUGUAGCUCAUGAACGCAAAAAAAAACGAUCUCGUGUAAUAACCUAAUUUAGAAUGUACAGUAAAUAUUUAAAUUAGUUUCCGAUUUUAAAUACUUCCACUCCUUAGAAAUGUUAAUUUAUAUUAUAGUCCACAAAUUAAGUUUUAUGACCAGAUAAUAUCAAAAGACCCAAAUACUCUUAUCAUUAAUGAAACCGAUCAACCAGAAAAAGUAAAAGUACCAGCGAUUUCAUGGCUCAUUAAAAGGGUAAAAUAAAUUUACUAAUACACUUCAGUGUCGAAAAACUGCGCUUGCGACACAUUGCCUAAUUUCAUACUGCAAGCUGCUUAAGAUUGAUUUCGGAGAAAUAACAGAAAACUAUCUAUAUACAAGUUAAAUUUCAGGCUUCAUAUAAUUUACAUGAUACGAAAAUGCAAAGUAAAACAGCCAAAUAAAAACACCAUAUACACCUACUGAAAAACUUACAUAACAAUCCAGCCCCAUUAAAUUAUGUAAUGUCAAAGCAAGCUAACGAUAUCAACAACUAGGUAUUUGAAGGAAAAUAGUUAGACUAAAGAGAUGACAUACAUUUACUGAACUAAUCUGAGAAAUAUGCACAGAAAAAAUAUCUUACCAGGAAAAACUGCGAAAGGUUUCGAGCGGUAUUUGAUCGAUUCUACUUAAUCUGUUGCCUAGGUAACUGUGGCUUACAACUUGUGUGUAGAAACAGAUGUACUCAUGCUACUAAACUCACAUUUCAGGCCUUUCAUAAAACAUUAAUUGAUAUUUAAUUACUGCUGAUAGCAUGUUUUUUGAGUGUGUAAUUCAAAUCUACGUCGCUGGCAACGGUUGAAUAACCGAUAAAUUAUCCUUUAUUUUUACAUAAAUCCUAUAGUUUACCUUAAUAUAAAAUAAUCAACGAACAUUGAAAUUCAUGACAACUGAAUAGUGAUGGACAGGCGCACCUAUACAUUCAUGCUACUCUCCCCAGACUUCAAAAAAUCGUUUUCCAAAAUAAGACUAUAAUGGCGUAAUUUAUUGGUCUCCAACAUUACAAUUGAACCCCAUAGUAAUAAAAACAUUCUGAUUUAUCGUGUCAUUGACUUUAAGAAUCCACUUAUUGCUUUCUUCGAAAAAGGAAUAAGAGAUAUACAAUCCAGACGAUAGUAUUUUUCUAGUCUAAUAUUGAAGACCACGCGAGCUUACCCUAAAAUAACUAAAGUAACGACACAAGUUCAAUAUCAUAGUAAAUGAAUACUUGGAAAUAGUCAUUUAUUACGUUUCGAUCGAAGUUCAAUUUCAGCGAUCUAGUUUUAUUUUUUGCCUCCGCCUUUUUAAUUUAUUGCAUCCAUUUUAUCUAUUACGUACUUAGAUCGUAAAAGUAGCAUCUGGAUAGAAUAUUGAAAGCUAGUACAAUUUUCCUCGUAAAAGCUUGCGGCCAUGAUAGAGGUUACAAAGUUUGCAACAACACAAAUUAACACCUACAUCGAAGAAGUGCAAUCACCUCUAAACCUUCGUAGAAUCUUUAUAACACGCCUAGAUAUGGAGAUAUAAUUCUGCAAAAACACUCAUUCAGUUAAUCAGAAUAGUUUAUAAACAAACCUUGGAAGUACAGAACUGAAUCACCCACUUUCGCCGAAGAGCGUACACCUAUGUUAUGGCGAUAUAAUGCAGCGUUUAGACAGCUGACACCACACCUCUACCUAUCCACAUACAGUCUAGUCUAGACUGGGUGCCGACUGGAAUUUGUAACAGCUAAGCUCUCUCGCCAGACACACGCCUACGUAAUCGGACAUAUUUUUUCAUAUUAAAUGACGGCUUCCCUUUAGAAUAUUAAGUGAUAUACGUGUCAUACAUUUUCAUUAAAGUAUGGAAGGAAAUUGUGUAGAGUUGGCGGAAAAGGACAAUCUCUCCGACAUCUCUGAUCAAGGAACCUUCAUAUCAAACUUUCUUCAGAAUAAUAUAAAAACAAAUCAACUAGAAAUAAACACAGAUAUUCGGACAUUUCGAACGACAGCUAAACUAAGAGAGCCGAGGGAUCUGUUUGCUCUGCCAAAAGAGCUCGACUGCCCACAACAAGCUCCACGAUGGCCUUCGGAAUGCCAAGUUGUAGAAGAAAAAAUACCACAUACGGUUUGGAGCCCGGCAUCGCCGGAACCAUAUUAUAUAUCUACAGGGAAAGAAUUACAGCCACAACCCGUCGGAGAGGAUGCUGGAACCGUAAUAUUUCAAUACUAUCCAAUGAGCGCUGUUAAUUAUUUUAGUCGCUCUACAGUAGGAGGAUCUCGGUUGUUUUUAUCGGCGUGUGCAAGCGCUGGAGGUGAAGAUGAGCUGCGAUUUGAAUCUCGCUUUGAAAGUGGAAAUUUAGCAAAAGCAAUACGUAUUACAUCCGCCUAUUACGAACUACAUCUCCGAACCGAUCUCUAUACGAACAGACAUAUGCAAUGGUUCUAUUUCAGAGUCACGAAUACAAAGAAGCAAAUGACAUACAGGUUCUCCAUAGUGAAUUUAUCAAAAGCCGAAAGCUUAUACAACGAGGGCAUGCGACCUUUAUUAUACUCAACCAAGGACGCACAGCUGCAUUCGAUCGGCUGGAGGCGAUGCGGCGAUAACAUCGCAUACUAUAAAAAUGAUUCGACAUGUGAGGAAGAGGAACAGUUCCCAAGUUAUACUUUAACAUUCAACGUUGAGUUUCCGCACACUGACGAUGCAGUAUACAUAGCACAUUGUUAUCCUUACACAUACUCAGACCUGCAAGAAUAUUUAUCGAAAUUACAAUCUCAUCCAGUAAAAUCGACUUAUGCCAAACUGAGGCUUCUUUGUAGAACAUUAGCUGGAAAUAAUGUCUAUUAUUUAACAGUAACGGCUCCACCAAAUCCCAAUGAAGCAGAACAAAGGAAAAAGAAAGCAGUUGUAAUAACGGCCAGAGUACAUCCCGGUGAAACGCCUUCGUCAUGGAUGAUGAAAGGUUUUAUGGACUAUUUAACAGGCGAUUCGAACCAAGCUCGUGAAUUGAGGGAAAAGUUUAUUUUUAAAUUGGUGCCAAUGCUCAAUCCAGAUGGUGUAAUUGUGGGGAACAAUCGGUGUUCACUGUCCGGAAAGGAUUUGAAUAGGCAAUAUCGAACUGUUAUAAGGGAAACCUAUCCACCAGUCUGGCAUACAAAAGUUAUGCUACGAAGACUUCAGGAGGAAUGUGGCGUAGCAAUGUAUGUAGAUCUUCAUGCGCAUUCUCGAAAACACAACGUCUUCAUUUAUGGAUGCGAAAGUCGGAAAACAUCUGAUAAACGCUUGCAGGAGCAAGUGUUUCCAUUGAUGUUACACAAAAAUGCUGCAGAUAAGUUCUCUUUUGAAAACUGUAAAUUCCGUAUACAAAGAAGUAAAGAGGGUACUGGUCGAGUUGUAGUGUGGAUGUUAGGAGUAUCAAACAGCUAUACAAUGGAAGCUUCAUUUGGCGGAUCAGAGCUCGGCAGUAGAAUGUCUACACAUUUUUCCGUUCAAGACUAUGAAAGCUUAGGAAGAACUUUCUGUGAGACACUGCUAGAUUUUUAUGACGAGGAUCCCAGUAAAGAAAGGCUAAGGACAAAAAUUGUCACGAGGUUAUUAAAAGAAGGUUCGAAUGCAGAUGAGCCCACGAAUAUUGAUCUUUCCGAUUACUCAAGUGAUGAAGGCGAUACUUCGAGCAGUAGUUCCGAUGCUGGCGUUAGAAAGGAAACCACUAAACAGCCCGCACCACCGCCUUCGCCAAUUUUCCCAGAUAUUAACAAAAGUUUUAGUGAGAAACCUAGAAAGCAACGACCGAAAUUAGAGAAGAUGAAACGGAUAGAAAAGAAGAAAACGAAACGAGAAACUUUACAGGUAUCAAGAGCCACUAUAGAUUUAACAUCAGACGCCAUGACAGAUAUGUCGUCAGAUGCUGAAUCUUACGACGGCAACCACAGCCCUAUGAGGAGGGUUCACAAGUUAAUUCAAUCUUCGGCCAAAGUUAAACCGAGACGAAAAAAGAAAAUGCCGCCUGAACUCAAGAUUGUUAAGGCUCCAACAAGUGAUUCUCCAUACCACUCAGACCAUGAGAAAACUUUAAAAUGCAGAAGGCCGCGAAGUGUUUCAAUGUUUAAUGAGACUACAGAGAAAUCGAGACUGAAUCCAGCAUCAUGGCAUCAAUUCAGGUGUUUACCACCAGCAAAGUGUCUAUCAGACGUGAAAAACAGAAGUUCACAACCCUCGGAACUACAAGUGAAGUUGAGUACACUGAAGAGAAAUAUAUGGACAGGAGUUCAGAGUGAAGAGAAAGGCCCAUUAUCAUGGGGCAUUUCAAGUUUUGCUAUGAAUUCAUAUUUUACAGACAGUGAGGCUUUAUUAAGAUCAUGUUCAAAAAAGCUGGAAGAACUUGAAGGGGAACAGCAGAAAAUAAAAGACGAAAAGAAGAAAAAGAAAUCAAAGACCAAAAAGUUAACACUAAAAGUGCCAAAUUCUGUAAAUGACAUCUUAGAACCUAUAACAAAAUUAUCUAAACCUUGGAAGAAAAAAGGAAAAUUAAAAAAUAAGUCUGAGAGUUCUCCUUACCAAAACAAUACAAGUUUUACCGAUAUACCUCGUAAUACCCAGCAGACACAAAAAGCAAGUCACUCAGAAAACAGACAAGCUAAGUCUCGUUUCAAAAAAGGCGCCAUAGUCACAACAGCUGUACAGACAAAGAAAACAAAUGCCAAAGCAACAAUAAUGUCGGACAACUCCGACUCAGACAACUCUAUUCAAUCAGUAAAGAAAACAAAGAAAAAAUCUAAAACAGUUAAGCAAUUAAAGUUUAGUAAAAGUCUUACUGAUAAUAAAUCUAAAAAUUAAAUUGCAGUUUUAUUUUUCAUUUUAGAAGCAUUAAUGCUUGUGAAAUAUUAGUGUUCACGCCUGGAAUUUCCUUAUAUUUAUUAUUAGGACAUACUUAUUUUUUUUUGUUAUGUUUCAACAAAUGAGUAAAUAUUAAAUAUGUUGGCUAAGGUAAAGAAUAUUAGCUAAUAUAUUUAAUAUUUACUAAAGGAAGAAUACGGCAUUGAAUAACACAAUGUCAUAAAUCUUCAUACGGAAAGAACAACUUGUAAAAUGAAUGGCAUAUAUUUCAUUGCCACAGAAUUUAUACAGCUAGUUGCUAGUACCAAAUACUAUCAACGCUUCUUUAGGCAAGAAAUUAAUUACCAUCACAAAAUCUUUUUAAGAAUAUUAUUUUAAUAGUUUUAAAACAUAUUUGUCACCUCCUCAGAUAAACUUUAUCUGUUGUAGUAUUACCAUUUAUCAUAUCAUAAACAUAUGUGUUAUCACAAUGAUAUUCUAAUUAUAUUAAGUAAAUGAUUCAAGUAAUAACUUAGUUAUUUAACUCAAGAAUAUAUUUGAAUAUAAAGAUCCAGGGCAAGCAUAUCAUUUGAGGAAAAAUAAAUAGAACUCAAUUGUUUGUACUGACCAAUGGUUUUGAGUAAGAUGUCAAUAAAAGUUUGACUUAUAUAAUGAAUAAUACAAGUUUAAUUGGUACCAAUUUGAAUAACUACAUUUACAUUUAAGUGCAAUACGAAAAAUGUUGAAGACAUUUAUCACACAUUCUCGAGUUGAUAAUUUGUCAUUUUUAGUAUAAGUAGUUUGGAAGUGAAAUAGAAAGUAUUUCCUGAGUUAAACAGACCUCAUAAAUGGAUCCCUAUGAUUAGUAUAAUUUAGUGAACUAUCUAAAAAAUUAUAAAAUAAAGAGUCAAAAUUAAAAGUUUGACAUACAAUAAAAGUUUGAAGAAAGAGUUUUAGAACAGAAAACUUAAAAAAGGUAUAAAAAGUUGUUAAUAGCAAAGUAACACUUGGUUUAUAAAAUAUUCUCGAUGGAAGCAAUGUAAUACGGUAAAAAC